GUAGAUGGAAUAUUAUUUUAAAGAGAAAAUAGUGCAAAUUUUUAUGAUUGUUUUAAGUGGUGGAGGAGAUUAUGAUUAAAAUGGUUAAAAAUAAGGAAAUUAGAUAGAUGUAGGAAUGAUUAAUAUAUAUAGGUAUAUUUUAAAUUUAAUUGUAGAUAUUUAACAAUGAUUGGAUAAUAUUAUUACGGUGUUAGAAUAUUAAAAUGGAAAUACAAAAUAAAUGAUUUAUAAUUGUAACAUUUUUUUAUAUUACUAUAAUUAGUUAAGGUAUGUAUCAUGACAAUGGACAAAAAAUGGAUUAUUGAAUA